AUGGCCAGCGCCGCGCCGCCCGGCCGCAUACUGAUGGGCCGCAGAUGGCGCCGGCGUGCGUGCGUGUCUAGCUCCUGUUCGUUCGGCUGCCAGCCGUCGGGCGGCGCUGGUGGCGUCAGCUGCGGCUGUCCCCAGGGCUACCAGAGCUUCGGACAGGGCCACUGUAUAUCGACCAUCAGUCCGGCUGGUGGCGGCUGGAGCUCGCAGCAGACCUCCUACAGUAGCUACCAGCAGUUCAACACUCAGACCGAUACCAGCAACGUGAUCAGCACCGAGGGCUGCUUCUCCUGCAAGAUCAACGGCAAGAGCCCACGCGGCAAACGCAGCGCGCCAUCGCUGGACGUGGUGCGUCAGCUGCUCCGACUCAACGGUACCUACGACAGCGCAGAGCUGAACGAGAUGGACGUGGGUGCCGAUCAUCAAAAGAGUCACCACCACAGCAAGCACCAUCACAAGAAGCAUCACCACAAGAAGCAUUCCGGAAAGCGCGUGAAGCUGCGCUCGAGGCCCGAAGAUGGUCAGGAUGCCCUCCUGAUUCAGAUUCAGCUUAGCCAGACGAGAAAGAAGACGAAGAUCAUCCGACUGCAGCCCGCUCUUAAGUACCUCCAGCACAACGUCCACUACUCGAUCGCUUCGGGCAACGAAGCGGGCCGUUUCCUGCUGCUGACGCGCAACGACAUCACAUCGCUGCACUUCGUGCACAGGCAGCAGAAGCCCGGCCAGUACGACCUGGUGCUGACCGGCAACCCCAUCCACCGGGUCACGGGUCACCAGGACGCGGCGCCGUUCCGCCUGCCCGUCCGGAUCUUGGUAGUGGAGUAGACGCGGAGGCGACAGUGACGCCGCCUUUAGCGACGACCGUGACGUCCUCUUGAGCGGUGUGGUGCUGCCAUCUAGCGGCCGCUGCCGGCGCGGUUCACACCGCGCGGCGCGCCAGGCUGGGCCGCAGGCCAGCCGCCGGUGGGAGUUUGCGUGCAUGUGUCUGUGUGUCCGCGUGUGCGGUGAUGGUUAAUGGAGUCUGCACGUGUGUCUGUCCGCGCUCACAGCAUGCCGGAGGGAGUUUGUCGCGCAAGUCGGAGUGCAAACGUCCUCAUGUACGUCCGUUCACGUUGGGCGAACGGGUCUGGUGAGCGUGCGUGUCGGAAUAGGUAUCUGCGUGCGUUAGUAAGCAUCGGUGAGCCAUACAUCAGAGCUCGCGAGUGUCUGUGUUCCAGGUCCGAUGUCAGUGUGCUGAAGAGAGACUGAAUGUGCGUGACAAUAUAAAGCUCGAUUCCACUGCCAGUAUAGAACAGUGCCAUAGAGCGCUUGACUCCACUGUAACUUGCCAUAUGCUUUCUUAUGCGGCACGAACUGUAACAUCACGUCUUAUGAGAACAUUCAGGGCAGCAAGUGUGGUCUUGAAGCCUAACGAAUCCCGCGACGUGCCUUCGACCGUGUGAGAUAGUUGGCGGUGUUUGGUCGCUAUAGUGCUGUUUAAACGCGACAUGCUGUCAAGAGCGUGGUGUGCUUAGAGAACGGAUUGACAUCCAGCUGGGCUGAUGACCUGUGCAGUAUCGACCACGCCAAAUGUUCGCGAAGCCCCAGUGUUGCGUGUAGAUACGCUUCGCAACAGGUCCCGCUAGGGCAUUGUGAGAUGGGCAGAAUGACGUCAUUUAAUCCUUCUCAUGGCCUGAUGUGGACCUUCAAGUGACGUAGGCCAUGUUGACGGAUAGACUAUAAUUACUUAUGUUGCAGUCCUUAUCGACGCAACUAUCGGCUUUUAACCAUAGCAGAAUCCUGGAACUGUUACUAAUAUACUUUGUUUUAAAU